CUGAUUUGCAGCCACCGGGAGAGGGUGGACGGAUCGAGCUCGUCCACGGUGCGUGUUUCCGCGCUGAAAACGUGCGAACGUUUCAAGGCGAGGCGACCGCGGAGGACCGCAGUGAACGUGUUUUCUUUUAUAAGCCCCAGCAGAUCCAGGGAGAGGAACCUGUUUGUUUUCCACUGCAGGUGAAAGACAAUGGAGGUGAAAGGCAAACAGCAGGACGAAGAUAUCUCAUUCAGCAACACUGACGCUAAUGGUAAACGCCCAGCCGAGGACAUGGAUGAGGAGCAGGCCUUCAAACGUUCACGCAACACAGAUGAGAUGGUGGAGCUGCGAGUGCUGCUUCAGAGCAAAAAUGCCGGUGCUGUUAUUGGAAAGGGCGGCAAGAACAUAAAAGCCCUGCGCACAGAUUACAAUGCCAGUGUAUCAGUCCCAGACAGCAGUGGCCCAGAGCGGAUCCUGAGUGUGAACGCCAGUAUCGACACUAUUGGAGAGAUCCUGCUGAAAAUCAUACCGACUCUAGAAGAGUACCAACAUUACAGCGGGAUUGAUUUUGACUGUGAGCUUCGGCUGCUGAUCCAUCAGAGCUUGGCAGGGGGCAUCAUUGGAGUGAAAGGCGCCAAGAUAAAGGAGCUAAGAGAGAACACCCAGACCACCAUCAAGUUGUUCCAGGAGUGCUGUCCACACUCCACUGACAGAGUCGUCUUAGUCGGAGGAAAGCCAGAACGCGUCGUUGAAUGUAUAAAAGUUAUAUUGGAGCUAGUGUCAGAGGCACCAAUCAAAGGUCGCGCCCAGCCUUAUGACCCUAACUUCUAUGAUGAGACGUACGACUAUGGUGGCUUCACCAUGUUGUUUGAAGAGAGGGGCAGACGACCCAUCGGUGGCUUCCCCAUUCGUGUACGUGGGGGUUUUGAGCGCAUGCCUCCCGUUCGUGGCAGCAGGCCCAUGCCUCCCUCCAGAAGGGAUUAUGAUGACAUGAGUCCCCGACGAGGCCCUCCGCCACCACUGAGCAGAGGAGGACGAGGAGGAAGCCGAGCUCGUAAUCUGCCUCUGCCCCCGCCACCACCGCCAAGAGGAGGAGGUGACAGGUUUUCACACGGCAGCUAUCAUGGUAGCAUGGAUGACAGACCAAGUGACAGAAGGAGCCGAGGAGACCGCUAUGACAGCAUGAGUGGAGGUGGAUAUGACAACAAUUCUUCCUGGGAGCACUUUCAGUCUGGUGGGAGAGGCUCAUACAGUGAUAUCGGAGGUCCAGUCAUCACAACGCAAGUCACCAUCCCAAAAGAUCUGGCUGGCUCCAUCAUCGGUAAAGGCGGCCAGAGGAUCAAGCAGAUCCGCCACGAGUCCGGGGCAUCCAUCAAGAUUGAUGAACCACUAGAGGGCUCUGAGGACCGCAUCAUCACCAUCACAGGGACGCAGGACCAGAUCCAGAAUGCCCAGUACUUGCUGCAGAACAGCGUGAGGCAGUACUCGGGUCGGUUCUUCUAGGAAGAAAGGAGUGAAGAAGCAGAAGAGUGAAGCCAUGCUGCCAUACUGUUUGUUCCUGCUAUUCAGAGCCUACAUUCCUCUGCUUUGGGUAGAUGUGCCCCUUAUACACACACACACACACACACACACACACACUACACUGCCUAUCUGUGUUUCAGUCUUUAUUUUGACAAAUCUUAAGCUGUCAAACAGCAGUCAGCAACACGUUUCUGUGCUGGUGUGAUUACUUUUAAGAGGUUCUUGUGGCGUUACUGGAGUAAACCCAUCUGUGUGAUGACUUUUGGUGUUGUGAGAGCCACCCUUCUGGCCCUUAUUUCUUUUAUUUCAGUACAGCAUGCAGAAUGUAAUGAUUUCCUUUGGAUCAUCAUGUUUUUUGUUUUUGUUUUCCCCUCAAAGUUUUAAGCACACUCUCCAGAUGAAGACGCACGGUGAAUAAACUUAAUUUUUACAUGACCUCCAACAGCCCUUUUCCCUCUGUUAAUGAAGUGCUUUUUGUUUGAAUGAUGGGGUUCGGUGAGAGAGUCUGGGAAAUACGCUUAUUUACGUCCAUCACGCUAAAAUUGAAAGCAGAGGGGGAUUUGAGGUGCCGGCCUCGUGUCUGCUGGAGGGUAAGUAUGAAGCUAGCACCCACAGCCUGUUGGCUUUACUUUAGCACAUAAAUGAGCGCGUGCAGCAGGAAAUCCACCUGUCAGUUCACAGAUUAACAUAUAUCUCUGUAUUUAAUUUGUACAGAAAGAAGCCAAAAUGUGCUUUUCACUCUUUAGUCGACUCUCUUUGGCUUACCUCAGCACAAAUGUAAGCUUUGGAUAUUUGCUUGUAACCUGUUGGCGCCCAUUUUCAGAUUCCUUUCGGUGUAUUACUCAUAAAAUUACUAGUACUGUAGGUGUACCUCCCUAUCAGUGGUGGUGCUAGCUUCAUAUUUUAGCAGACAUCAGUGUGACUUCUCAGCCAGUUCUCUGCUAGAAAGUGAACAAACUUGUUUCCCAGAAUAUAAUUUUUUUUCUUUAAGUUGGGAUACUUCUGCCAGUGCGGAAUUGCAUAAAGAAAGUUUUAAGAUUUUUUUUUUUUUUGUCUUUCAUUGAAAGACAAGAAGUUGUAUAAAGUGUGUAUAUAUUUACAUAAAAAAGCAGUAAUUUUAUGAGUGUUUAGAUCGGCCCGGAUUACUUAAUACUUUCUCGCAAGAAGAUGGGGCCAAAAAGACAGGUUUGGUAAUCUUUAGUUCCCUUUCCAUCGUUAUUUGAUUUCUUUUUCCGCCGCCGCUCACAGGGAUGGACUCGCUGAAAUGCAACCUUAACAUCUGAUCAGUUGGAUCCAUUUAUUUGUGCGUUUGUGUUUUUAAUUUUAAAGUAUUUUUAAAGUUCUGUGAAAUGAUCUCUUAAGAUGCAUUUAUUUUAUUUUAAUUUUUUUUUUUCUUUGCAGUUUGAUGUCAAAGAGAUUUGUGAGUCCAUGAGUGGUGAUUUUCUGUAUUUCUGUGUAGUACUAGUGUUUAGUAAAUAAAGUCUGUGUCACAGCUGA